AUGUCUACUGCUAUUGGUGAUGAUGCAAAGGAAGAGAAAAAGCCUGCAAAGAGAAAAAGAAGAUCUUGGGACGAAAAAUUCAUUCAAGACCACCAAGAUAUCUUUGGAGGGUCAUCUGACGAAAGAAUGAUUCAACAACGAGGAGGUGCAAAGAUCUUUGACAAAGGAAGGCUGCACCCCACUUUUUCUGUGUACACACCAUCAACAUUAUUCUACUUUGUAGUCACACAAAUCUAA